AUGGUGUUUGCACUGAAGUCAGUAUGUCAAUCUGAUGAGUUGAUGGAGAGAAUGAAAGAUUGUGAUGCACAUUGUCUCAAAGUCAGCUCAAAGACUCAAUUCAAUGCUCAGAGCUCUGAUAUGCCACAGCUGUCUGAUGAGAAUCAUGCAGAUGUUACAAUGACAGUCCAUGUACAGUUUCUUCAUUUUGUCAAGACUUAUAAGCUGAUCAAGACUGGCACUAAACAUGGAGAUCUGCUUCAAGAUGCUGUUCUGACUAACAGUCUCAUCACUGUGCACAGAAGCACUGAUCAUUUCAUGAAGACUGAUAAACUCAAUGAGUUGCUCAACCUGAAGCUGAAGAAAUUGCUGCAAUCUCAGAGAAUAUCAACAUUUGGAAUUCAGAAGCUUUUUUGGAAGUCUAUCUAUACUUUAAAAUAUACACAUCAGCUUUGUCAGGCAGUUGAGCAUGCUUUUGGGAAGUAUACUGAUGUGAAACAUAUUAAAAAGUCAGCCAGUGGGGAUAUCUGCAGUCUUGCCUCUCUAAUAUCAGAGCAGUUGCAUGUUAGUGUAGAGAGUAGUCAUGGAUUCUUGCCUGAUAUGAAGCUGUUCAAUGCCUUUCAAAAUCUAUUCUCCCACAUAGCCACCAUCAAUGCAUAUAUCGCGAAGGUUUUGGAGGCUGGUGGGGUGGGUGUUAUUGAAGGGAAUGAGAAAGAUUUGAGUGAAGUUGAUCCAUGUAGAGAAGAUGCUAUUGAGGGAAGUGAAUCUGAUCAGAUUUUCUGUAUGGGUAUUUCUACAUAG